GACCAUCAGCGUGAACGCGGGUACGCGCGCCCCGUUAUCCAGCCAGCCUUAGCAACAGGAAAAAGCAGCCUUUCCCAUUGGCCUCCUUCUCUCUGCUCGGCUCCAUUCGCGUCCCCCCCACCCGCGCUGUCUAUCCGGCAGCGAAAAUGCGCGAAGAUUGCUGUGGCUGCUGCGGAGUCAAGGACAGCGAGGCUGGGCAGGGUUCGGCCCAGAUACGCAGUGGAUGCUGAGGAGGGAGGGCGCGGGAAGGGCAUCUCACUGACAGACAUGCAGUCAACACUCUUGCAUGGAUGAAACGCUCCAAAAGCUCUCCGCUGGCAUCAUUUUUAGAGACAUGAUGGUUGCGGCAAAUGCAGUGCGCUUCUCACCUUAAUCAUCAUCGUAUUUCUGCAGGGAGGAACCAUGUUGACCAGCAUCACCGAUGGGAUUCUGUGUUGCCUCACGGGGAAGACAGACAAUCUAGUUUUGCCUCUGGAGUCGUCCAAGCCCUCGGAUGGAUUUGAAUUUGUGGAGGUUAAGCCGGGGAGGGUCCUGCGAGUGCGGCACAUCGUCCCUGAACGUCAGCCCCUAGAGAAGCAAGCUCCAGGCAAGCAGAGGACAGAUGUGGACUGCAAUGACAACGACAAUGACCCCACCGAGGAACCUAACAAAGACUCCGACGUCGGUACCAGCGUCCACUGCAAAAGGAAGAUCAGCGUUUACCGUGACGGCCAGCUGGUGAUUGAAAAUCUCGGGGACGUUUUGCACUCUGAGAUCUUGCAGUGCCAGGAUGGAGACUUGGAGCCCUGCAGCACCGUGGAGGUGGAGCUGGCUGACUACAGAGAAAUAGCCUCCUCUCCCGACCCUAACCCUGUUCCACUUCCGGGUCCGGUACAUACAGGGGAACAGAAACCGGCUCCACCUCCCCGCCGCCGUCGCCGCAAGCCCAAGCGCACAGUGCUAAUCGACUCAAAGAGGGUGAUCUCAAGCUGCAAAGGAACACAUUCAGACGUGGCACUGUUCUUUGUGCAUGGUGUUGGAGGCUCUCUAGACAUCUGGAGCAGCCAGCUGGACUUCUUCUCUCGCCUGGGCUAUGAGGUCAUCGCACCGGACCUGGCAGGACAUGGAGCCAGCACCGCUCCACAGAUUGCAGCUGCCUACACCUUUUACGCUCUGGCUGAAGACCUGCGGGCCAUUUUUAAGAGAUACGCCCGGAAACGCAACAUCCUCAUCGGCCACUCAUAUGGAGUGUCAUUUUGCACGUUCCUGGCCCACGAGUAUCCUGACCUAGUCCACAAGGUGGUGAUGAUUAACGGAGGGGGGCCCACAGCUCUGGAGCCCAGCCUCUGUUCCAUUUUCCAGCUACCUUCCUGCGUCCUGCACUGCUUGUCUCCGUGCCUGGCCUGGAGUUUCCUAAAGGCUGGAUUCGCUCGCCAAGGAGCCAAAGAGAAGCAGCUGCUGAAGCAGGGCAAUGCCUUCAACGUGUCACCGUUUGUCCUGCGAGCCAUGAUGAGCGGUCAGUACUGGCCAGAGGGGGAUGAAGUGUACCACGCUGAGCUCACGACGCCCAUCCUGCUGGUUCACGGCAUGUGUGACAAGUUUGUGCCUGUGGACGAGGACCAGCGCAUGGCUGAGAUCCUUCUGUUUGCAUUCCUCAAAGUCAUAGAGGAAGGAAGUCACAUGGUCAUGAUGGAGUGUCCAGACACGGUCAACACGCUCCUCCACGAGUUCUUUCUGUGGGAGCCGGACAUGUCCAAAAAGAGCAGCUGCAAGGCAGACGUGGAGAAGACAGUUUCCGCCUGUGAGACCCUGACCACACUGAAGCACCACAAGUCUGUGGACAAAUAACCUCCAAAGAUGCUCUUUUUUUUUGUGGUGGCUGAACCAGGCAGAAGGCCUUUUUUCAGCAGCUUGGCGUGCGUUGUCAAGAGCGAUGAUGAGCUUGGUCGCAUCUUAAGGAUACAGAUGACCGCUGCUUCUGAAAGAUUAUAAACAGGAGGAAACCUGCGAUAGGAGAAACAGUGGCAGGCUGAGUUCCUGCUACAUAUUUGAAUACCAGUCUGUGCUCCAUGUUGCUGCAGAAGCACCUGGGGCUCAGAAACUGCCCUCUUGUGUCUGUGAUGAACUACUACAUAAUGCAAAAUACAGGCUCUUCUUCAGAUGAUGUCCUCAGUAGAUCCAUGUCAAAUGUGCUGAAUUCUUUAAGAUGCGUUUUGCUCAGGUGGUCAAGUGCGGCUCAUAAGUAGGUUCGCCAGAUGACUCAUCAGUCAGGGCGGUUGUAGGAAAUUGAUCAGACAUUAAGAAUGCUGCUAAAAGAUGGGGGAAAAAAUCACAACUCGAAUAGAAGAUAUCGCUAAACAAUUUUUAGGAUUCAGGCAGAAUCAAGCUUGAAUCCUGCAGUGUAGUACACUAACACCAACUCACAAAAACUGCAAAGUACUUUUCCUGUUAACCAAAAUUAUUAUAUCUAUAACCCUUCAAUUUCAUAUCUAAAAUAAGCCAUGUUUCAGCGUUAAGCACAAAUUACUCAGAUCAUUGCUGCAUGAAAAUGAUGGAGCAUUCAUAAAACAUUCCUAAGACUGGAUGCACCGCAAAAAAUCGUACAAACCAACAUUAAAAAUAUUGAUUAUAUUUGAUGAUGAUGAUUAUUAUUAAAGGAUACUAACAGUACUAAGGCCCUGCAUGAGUUCAGAAUACACACAUAUAUGGUGGUUGUUGCAGACAGCUGGACUGGUGUCAAAGAUUUCUGCUUUAAUCAACUGACUGUUCCUCUUUACGUGUCUGUAAGUAUUAUUCUGUUUGUUCCACCCGGAAUUGACAAGCACUUCCAGAAGGGUCUCUGCUGUGUAACUACAAAGCAACGGUGUGCUCCUCUUCUCUUCUUGUCCACUGUGUCUAUCAGUCUUUGUGUCAGGCUGAAGGGGGUUUUCUCGGUGAAAGAAAUUCAUCUGUGGAUGCUGAUUUGUCUCACAGUGAGACAGCGUGGUUUGAACAAAUGCACAGUCAAGGCUGCGCUCUCUGCUCAUCGAGCAAAGCGCAUAAAUAGGUUAGUGGGAGAUUGGAUACGGACUAAAGUUUGUGUAUUUAAUUGGUGGUCGUCUAUAUAUUUAUAUAUAAAUAUAUGGUCGUCUGUAUAUGCAUUUAUUUGAACAUGGAUGCAAAAUGGACUUUACUCAACUGGAACUUACCUGAAAGGAAUUAAAGACUUGGUUGAGCCCCUCCAAAUCUUAUUUUUCUCUGAGGACUUUUUGACAACCAACAAGUGCUGCUGAUGUACCCUUUGGUGUAAAAGGUGAGUCAGUCUGUGUGGACUACAGGGUGCACAUACUUCCUCUUAUGCUAAAAGUGUGCAUAUACAAAUUGUCGUGAGUGGCGAAUCUUUUUUUUGUGGUUAAAAAAUUGUCUUGAUGUGACAGUUGUUCAUGUGAAUCACAAUAUAUAUGCUCUGCCUGAAUGUAGAUGCAUAUAAAAUAAAAUUAUUUAACCUGUAAAAACAAUCAGUGACUUGAAAUAAAGCAGAUGUUCACCACUGAGA